AUGAGCAGUAUGCACAGGACUUUGUUCUUCACUUAUUUCAUCAUAGUGUGGUUGUCACCAAUAAAGAGAUUCAAUAUCAAACUCAGCUCGGCCGCAGAAGAUGUCACCAAUAUCACAUGCAUUAAUACAGAGAGGAAAGCACUUCUCACCAUCAAACAAAGUCUCACAGAUCCAUCAGGCAGACUUUCUUCUUGGGUAGGCAACAAUUGCUGCCAAUGGAGUGGUGUUGGAUGCAACAUCACAACGGGGCACGUCAUCAAGCUUGAUUUUCGAAACCCUUUUCCAUCCAGCAGCUAUGGUAUCAUUUCCAUGGCGGAAGGUAACACGACAGCUUAUGAUAGAUCAUGUUUGGGAGGUGAGAUAAGCUCUUCUUUGCUCGACUUGAAACUUUUGGAUUAUCUCGAUCUAAGCUUGAACAAUUUUGAAGGAAUUCAAAUUCCUGACUUCAUUGGUAUGCUUAAGAACUUGCAAUAUCUGAAUCUGUCUUUCUCAUCCUUCGCGGGAGAGAUCACACCUUACCUUGGAAAUUUGUCCAGCCUGAAUUAUCUUGAUCUCAACGCGGAUUCACUGACCAAUGCAGGCAUGUGGACACUCCGGUCUACAAACGUCCAUUGGCUUUCAGGACUCCACAAUUUGAAAUACCUUAACAUGGGAGAGGUGAAGCUUGACCAAGUAGGAGCAGAAUGGCUGCAAGCAGUCAAUAUGCUUCCUUCCCUUGUAGAGUUACACUUGCCUUUGUGUGAUCUUUCUAGUCUUCCACUCUCUCUCCCAUUCAUCAACCUCACUUCCGUUUCAAUUCUUGAUCUCUCGGGAAAUUCUUUUAACUCAUCUGUACCCAUCUGGCUGUUUAAUCUCACAAGACUCGAAAAGCUUGAUCUCAGCAGAAAUUCUCUCAGUGGUGUCAUACCCGGUGAAAUUGAGUACCUAACGUCUCUACGAGUGCUUAAUUUGGCUAGUAAUGGUGAUAUUCAAGGUCAAAUUCCAAGAACUUUGGGAACUCUUUGUAAGUUGAAUAUUUUAGACCUUUCGGGAAACAAAUUCAGUGGCAUUGAAUUCUUGGAUGGUUUUUCAAGUUGUUCAAACAUUGGCUUAGUGUCACUAGAUUUAAGUGGUAACCAAUUGGCAGGGGAACUGCCAGAUUCAAUAGGAACACUUGAGAAUUUGCAACACCUACUCCUCAGUUCCAACUCCUUUUCGGGUUCUAUUCCAUCGUCUAUAGCCAGUCUGUCAUCCUUGCUAGAAUUGGACGUCUCUUUUAAUGAUAUGAAUGGUACGAUUCCCGAAAGUUUUGGGCAACUCACAGCUCUCACUGAUCUGUAUCUUCAAGCGAAUCCUUGGGAAGGCAUCAUAACAGAAGCUCAGUUAAUGAAUCUCACAAGCUUACAACAUGUAAUUGUGAGAACAUACACAAUCAAGGCAUUGGUUUUUAAUGUACCAUAUGAAUGGGUUCCUCCUUUCAGGCUCAAGUCCCUUGAACUCGAAAACUGUCUAAUAGGCCCCAGAUUUCCUCAUUGGCUUCGAGUUCAGAGUGAACUCACCUCUGUUACCCUAAAAAAUGGUGGAAUCGAAGACACCAUACCCGAGGAAUGGUUCUCUACAAUAUCGUCUCAACUCACCUACUUGGAUCUAUCUAACAACAACAUUAAGGGGAAGCUGCCACUCAAGUUAGAAUCUCCAAACAUCAAUGCUAUUGACCUGAGCUAUAAUAGCUUUGAGGGUUCUCUCCCUCUUUGGUCCACCAAUGUACCCCAUUUCUAUCUUCAGGCCUAUUUGUUUUCAGGACCUAUUCCCUCCAAUAUUGAUGUACUAAUGCCUAAUUUGCAGUNUCUGAGCUACAAUAGCUUUGAGGGUUCUCUCCCUCUUUGGUCCACCAAUGUACCCCAUUUCUAUCUUCAGGCCAAUUUGUUUUCAGGACCUAUUCCCUCCAAUAUUGAUGUACUAAUGCCUAAUUUGCAGUAUCUGUACCUGUCCGAUAAUCGUCUCAAUGGUACAAUCCCUUCAUCCAUUUGUAGAAUGCAGAGUUUGCNGUAUCUGUACCUGUCCGAUAAUCGUCUCAAUGGUACAAUCCCUUCAUCCAUUUGUAGAAUGCAGAGUUUGCAAGUACUUUCCAUCCGGAACAAUAGAUUAUCGGGAGAGCUCCCUCAGUGUUGGAAUGAGUCACAACCCUUGUGGGUGGUGGAUGUCGUGAACAAUAAUAUAUCUGGUAAUAUUCCUAGCUCAAUGGGUCUCCUAAGUUCGUUAACUAUAUUGAUGUUGAGUAACAAUCGUCUAGAGGGAGAAAUUCCAAUUUCUUUACAGAAUUGUUCAUUGUCGAGCAUUGAUCUCGGAGAAAAUGGACUAUCUGGAAAUCUACCCUUGUGGAUAGGAGAAAAUAUUUCAGAUUUUUGGAUGCUACGCCUGAGAUCUAACUUGCUGACUGGAUCAAUCCCUCCCCAAUGGUGCAAUCUUCCGAUACUUCACAUUCUAGAUCUCGCAAACAACCAUUUCUCGGGGACUAUUCCGAGUUGUGUGGGAAAUUUGACUUCAUUGGUUUAUGGUAACAGCACCAUCACCUACAACAACUUCUUUCGAUCCAAACAGUACUACUAUAUGGAGCAAACGGUUGUGGUGGCAAAGGGAAAAGAGCUUGAAUAUGGCAGAACUCUUGAAUAUGUCAAUAUCAUUGAUCUCUCCGGGAAUAAUCUGACAGGUGAAAUCCCUCAAGAGAUUACAGAACUCGCUGCAUUGGGUACUUUAAAUUUGUCGAUGAAUCAUCUCACAGGAAGCAUCCCAGGGAAUAUUGGAAACUUGCGUUGGCUUGAGACGCUAGAUCUCUCGAACAACAAUCUUUCUGGACCUAUAUCACAAAGCAUUUCUUCUUUAACCUCAUUGAGUCAUUUGAAUUUAUCAUACAAUCACCUUGUGGGACGAAUCCCAACAGGAAAUCAGCUUCGAACCCUCGAUGAUCCAUCCAUUUAUGAGGGAAAUCAGCUUCGAACCCUCGAUGAUCCAUCCAUUUAUGAGGGUAAUCCUUCACUGUGUGGUGUUCCUCUUCCAAGCAAGUGUCCCGGUGAUGAUAAGACAUCUAAUUUAGUACCUUCCAACAGAGGUCUAGAAAAUCAUACUGAUGACAGUGAUUCUGAAUUGCUAUGGUUCUAUUUCUGCAUCGGAUCAGGAUUUGUUGUCGGACUUUGUGGUGUUUGUUACACUUUGUGGUUGAAGGAUUCAUGGAGAAAAGCAUAUUUUCGUUUUGUAAACAUCAUUUAACGAGGUUGAAUGUUGUCCCUCUUCAGAAAAAAAAUAUGCAAUUAGAAAGAAUAUGAGGUCGCAUGUACUUUGAGAAAUUUGUAUGUUACUCCUUUUAUUACUUGUUACUGGCAACUACACGUUUUUUGUAGUUUUGGUAUUAUGUCA